AUGGCGACCACCAACGGCUCGAACUCCUGGAUGCCAGCUCCAGGCCGCUACCGGGUCGACGUCGGCUCUUCGUUGGGAAGAGCUUUGAAGGCCAGGAAGGCAGAGAGGGAAUCUGGGGCGCCGUCGCCAGCACCAGUCGAAGCUGCUGGCAGGACGAGAAAGUCCAAACCACCCGAUAGGGACUUCUACUCGCUCAGAUACAACCAUAAGCCGUCGUCUGUCGACCAGACGAAGGCUGGGAUGAUUCAGUUUACGACCAAGGAAUCACCCAGGGGUUCAACGACGAAGGAGCAAACGACGGUCAUCGUCGAGCAGGCUAGUGUGCAGCCGAAUGAAUCUGUCAUGUUCCGUGGCCAUGAGAUGAUACCCUCGAAGAACAACUUUGAUUGUGUUCUCAUUUACGAUGAAGACACGGCUACUUUCACGUUGGAGAAGCUUGAUGGUUGUGUUCUAUUAACAUACGACCGAAGCCUACAAUCCAUCAUGGCUAAUCAAUCUACUCCUUCUCCUGCUCCUUCAGGAACAGCAGCAGCAGCGACUCCCCCAAGCUGGAGUCAACCAAGUUCUUCAUCAAAGAGGACCAAGUAUGAAGAACCGAGCAAUGACAUUGACGACAUCGACGAUGAAAUUGCAAAACUAAUGCCGGAUCCCAAACCCUCGACGUCGUCUUCUCAAAAGGCGCCUCGAUACCAGAAAGAGGAGGAAGAGGAAGACGAGGAAGACGACUUGCCUCUUCUCCAACAGCAGUUGAUGCACCAACAGCAGCAGCAAAAGCAACACCAGCCGCGAUACUUUGUGACGAACAAGGGAACGGAAAGCAAGAGGCCCGUGAAAAGUAUACCAAAGAAGAAGGUGACUGCAGCAGCAUCCUCGUCCAGGGCUACUCCCCCAGCCCCAGCUCCCACACAAUCCAAAUCCCUUCCGCCCCCUCCCGCAUCCCUUCCUCCGCGCCCCAAACCUGCAGCAGCUGCAUCGAAGGCCAAGCGUCCGUCCGCGCCAGCGUCAUCACAACAAGACGAUUUCGACUUCCUCGAAGGGGCACUGCUAGAGGACGUGGAAGAAUUUCCUUCCAUCACAAACACUCGUCCCUCGAAGCCUGCCAAAGGAAAGGCUACCGCCAACCCUGCCCCUCCGCCACCUGCACCCGCACCGCCAGCUUUGGCACUACCUGGCAAGUCUGCUCCAGCACUCGCACCCCCACCACCCCCUCCCACGCUUCCUUCUACCAAUGCAAUAAUGCGCCAGACCAAAGAAAGGGCAAAGGCUGCUGCCGCAGCAGCAAUCGUGCCUCCUCCAGUUGUUGAACCUCCGCCCCCACCACCUACUGCAGCAGCGGCAGCGGCAGCCAUCCAUGCCAUGGCGGAUUCGGAGGACGAAGAUGAUUGGGACGAAGUGCCAACCAACACCGCUCCAGCUCCAGUUCCACCACCAGUGACAGCGCCCAACCAGGAAGACCUCUCCAUGUUGGAGGACGAGAUCUUCCAUGAUAUGCCAGACCAGGCGGUUGAUGACCUGGCAGGUGAGCUGGAGGAAGCGCUGGAGGAGGAGCUGGGCGGGGACAUGGGUGGUGUUUUCCCUCCAAGCGAUGACGAUGAAGACGACGACAUGGAGGAAGUAUAUCCCGACGCCGACAAUGAUGGACCCAUCUCGUUGAAUGCGCUCGCGGGAGGUGGAGGAAUGAACGUGGAUAGUGAUGACGAUACCUCGGACAGUGAUGAUUCUGAUUCAGAAUAG